AGCUCGGGGGAAAAGAACUAGCAAAUUACGUAUGUCCCCCACCAACUUUGCCCCUACUGUUUAAAUAAACACGCGCUGCUCGUACCCUUCUCGGCUCUGCCUCGCCGGAGAGGAAGAUCACACACCAGUCUGCCGUUGAAGCAGGUGGACGCACAGGAAGAGGCGAAACAUGUUUUUUACGGGCCUGCUCUGCCUGCUGCUCCUGCGGCCCGGCCCGGCCGCUCCAUUGCAAGAGCAUUUUCAUCACUCCCCCAGUCAAAGAGACGUGCUUUCAUCCCCGGAGGCCUCAGUGAGCGGGCGUCUGCGUCGCUGGGCCCCGAUGCCCGAUGUAACACACCUGGAGCUGCUGGUGGUGGUCGGGCCCGAUGUCCAGCGGUUCCACAAGCAGGACACGGAGCGCUACAUCCUCACCAACCUCAACAUCGCCUCAGAGCUUUUAAGGGACACGGCGCUGGGUGCCAACAUGAGGGUGCACCUGGUCCGCAUGAUCAUCCUGUCGGAGCCAGAGCCAGAGAUCCAAAUGUCCCCCAACAUCACCUCCUCUCUCAGAAGUGUGUGUGACUGGGGCAGAAGGAUCAACCCCUCCAACGACACAGACCCACUACACGCCGAUCUGCUGUUGUACAUCACACGGUACGACCUGUUGUUGCCUGAUGGGAAUAAUCAGGUCAGGGGUGUAGCGCAGCUGGGUGGGGCUUGCUCCAGUGACUGGAGCUGUGUGAUCACAGAGGACACAGGCUUUGACCUGGGCAUCACCAUCACUCAUGAGAUUGGCCACAGUUUUGGAAUCAACCAUGACGGUGUAGGAAACACCUGCAGCAAGAGUGGCUUCAUGAUGGCCUCUGACGGAGGCUACAACAGUGUGGAUCUGACCUGGUCUCCCUGCAGCCGACAGCAGCUGCUCACGUUCUUCAGCGAAGGUAAAGCGGAGUGUGUAAAGGACCUGCCUGUGCUGGGAGGCUCUCUACAAGACUGGAAGCCGGGUCUAUACUACGGAGUCGAUGACCAAUGCCGUAUAGCUUUUGGUAGCACUGCGAGAGCCUGCUCUUUCACCGACCCUGACCUGCCAGCUUGUCGAGUCCUGUCCUGUCACAUUAACCCUGAUGAUAACAGCUCCUGCAAACGCCUCCUUAUCCCUCUGCUGGAUGGGACGGAGUGUGCACCUAACCAGUGGUGUCUGAAGGGGCGUUGCGUCUCCUCAGAUGAGCUCGGCUCUUCUGUGGUGGUGCACGGCUCCUGGUCCAACUGGUCCGGGUUCUCCCCUUGCUCGCGGACAUGUGGCGGCGGGGUCACUCACCGCAGGCGUAAAUGCAAUAACCCAAGACCUGCUUUCGGAGGGAAUGAUUGUGAGGGAUCCGAUGUUGAGGCUGAACUUUGUCACCGGCAACCAUGCGAGAACACACAGCUGGAUUUUGUAGCAGAUCAGUGCUCUCAAACAGACCUCCACCCGCUCUACCUGCUGCCAAACACCGCCUCCUUCUACACCUGGAUCCCUGCCAUAGGCUUUGUGCAAGGAGAUGACCAGUGCAGGUAUUUGUGCCAAUCAAAAGGAGAAAACUUCAUGGUGAGCCGUGGCUCCCAGUUUGUUGAUGGCACUCGCUGCGAGUCUGACAGGACGCCUCUUUUUGGCACCACAGCUGCUUGUCUAAGUGGAAAAUGCCAGCUGUUUGGCUGUGACGGCCUGCUGCACUCUGGGAAAGUGAGGGACGUGUGCGGGGUGUGUGGUGGAGAUGCGUCGUCCUGCAGUUUGACCUCCGACUCCUACGCUGGCGGCCAGGCCAGAGUUACCUUUUUUGCAGAGUAUACCACUUUCCUGUCUCUGCCGGUGAAUGCCACGCAGGUUCAUGUCGUCAACAGGGCACCUCUCUUCACUCACAUGGCUGUUAUUGUUGGGGAUCGGUACGUUGUGUCCGGGAUGGGCGAGAUGGCACUAACAACGACCCAUCCCUCCCCAUUGGAUGAUAACCGCCUUGAGUACUCCCUCCACCUGACCCCUGACCUUUUACCAGCGAUGGAGGAGCUUUUCCUGCCAGGGCCGCUGUCAGAAGAGAUAAGCGUACAGGUCUAUCGCAAAUAUGGAAAAGAAUAUGGGGAGAAAACGAAUCCAAACAUUAGCUACCACUUCUAUGUACCUCUCAGAAGCAGCAACGUGACAGAAAGCUCACCCAAGGGAAAAUGGGCUGUCUUCACAACACCCUGCUCUGUCUCCUGUGGAUCAGGUGUGCAGAAGCAGGUUUAUGUCUGUGUAGAUGAAGGCAACAACAAGCAUUUGGAAGAACACAAUUGUGAAACCCCUCCUCCACCCAAACAGCUCCACACAACCUGUCAGCUGUCCCGCUGUCCCCCCAGCUGGGACACGGGGGCGUUCGGGCCUUGUAGUGCGUCCUGCGGUGGAGGAGAGAGAGUGCGUCCUGUACGGUGCGUUCAAAGACAUGGAGCCGCUGUGACCAAGGUCUCAGACGCUGAAUGCUCGCCGCAUACGGCCCCGGACGCUGGUGAAAAAUGCAACCUCCAACGCUGUCCUGCCAGAUGGCGAGUGUCAGAGCCAGGGGAGUGUUUGGCAGUGUGCGGGCCAGGGGAAGCAAGACGCAAUGUGUCAUGUGUCCGGCCAGAAGGCGGCCGAGAUGUUGAAGUGGAUGAUAUGUUUUGUUCUUCGGCGAUCAAACCGACUGAUUAUGUGCCCUGUGUGGUAGAUGUUUGUCCCAUUGGAUGGCAAUUUAAGGGAGAGGAGCAACCGGUGCUCAAUUCUGCUGCGUCACCCCGCUCUAAACAGGCUCCUGUGUAUGUGUGGAGUCCUGUUACCAGCCAGUGCUCAAAGACGUGUGGCAAUGGAACCCUACAGGCGUGGUUCUCCUGCUUGGAACACCAGACCAGACUCAAUGUGACGGACCUCCACUGUGAUACUUCGACCAGACCUCUUCCUCAGACUAAGACCUGCAACACAACACCCUGCCCCCCCAUGUGGCGCUCUAUGCAAGGAGUCUGCAGUGUGACAUGUGGAGGAGGGGUGGCCAACAGGGUGCUGUACUGUGCUAUAGAAACAGAAGGGGAGGAGGAGGAGGUGGUGGUGGAGGAUUCGGAGUGCAAUGAGUUUCCCAGACCCACAGCAGUGGUUGCAUGUAACAACCACCGCUGCCCAGCAAGGUGGACGGUAGUCAGCUCAUCGCCCUGCUCAGCGUCCUGUGAUCUGGGUGUAGCUCAGAGGACUGUGUCUUGUGUGCAAUUUUUUCAUGGAAAGGAGAUUGUGGUGCCGGAGGAGAGCUGCCUUGCAGCAGCGAAACCGGCCACCGCAGGGCCCUGCCUGCUGCAGGUCUGCACCUUCCGAUGGGACGUGACACCCUGGAGCCAGUGUUCCGUACCGUGUGGAUACGGGAUCCAGUCCAGAGCCGUGUCCUGCAUGGGACCCUCUAAGCCGGGGCCCCUCAGCCCUCUGUUUUGUAUGCACAUGCCUAAACCCAUAACCAUCCAGGGCUGCUAUUUGGGCGGGUGCCUUGUGUCCACCUCAGAUGUCCCUCACGUUACAUCAGAGCACCCCUCGGAUCGUCUUUCUCCAAGUGCAACGGAUCCAAUCCUCCUACCACAGGCCACGACUACAACCGUCCCCACACCUAUACCCAGUGCAUGUGGACAGCUGCUCCUGGAGGAAUCGGGCACGCUGGAUUUGAAAGACGUGUCCGGCCUCUGCACAGUAUCCAUAGGUCGACCCCUCGAUGAGGUCAUUCACAUUAGAGUGGAGUCUGGCUCUUUGAACUGCAUGAAAAAGUUAGACUUUGUUGCAUUUUUUGACCGACUGGCGUUUGUGAGGAAGUGCGAGCAGGUAGUGGGAAGUGAACUCACAACCAGAACCAACGUCCUGCUGGUGCGUCAAAAGCUGCAAACCCCUGGAAACGGGGUGGUGUUAACCUACAAUUCACAGAAGAACCCCAAGAAGAACCACCAUCAGGAUUGUGACAUUCAGCUGUUCUCUCCAACCGGUGUCUUUGAGAAUCCAACAACGUCCAACACUAACCACACCUGCCGAGUGCUCAUCAACGCCCCCCCAUCGGUCAAGAUCAGAAUCCAAGCUCUACACAUCGGCUCAGGGUCCAACGCCAACGUCUCCCAGGCAACGUACAUCAUGAUCCGGGACAUGAAUGUCUUAACGACCAAUGUGUUUAAGGGCCCACAGCUGUUCCAGUGGCAGUCCUCUGGAAAUAUGGCUGAGAUUGAAUUUCAUGGAGGCCACCUGCAUUCAAAAGGGAGCUUCAGAGCCAAAUAUUCCUUUAUUCAUAUUUGAUACUCAAUACUUUAUAUUGAGUUUGGAAAUUUGCAUUCAACAUGUCUUUAGUCUACAAUACUCACAUUUCUUUAACAAACAUUGACAUAUAUUUUGUUAAUGGGCAGACUUACAAAACAUACUCUUGUUUGGUUAUGGGAUGAUUAUUUGAACCAAAAUAAAUAAUAAACAAACCAAAUCUCUCAAAAUAUUUAAGUCAAGCAAGGACAGUAUUAAUUUGAAGACUGCACUAGAGUAUAAAUUAAGGAGAAAUAUAUUAUAACAGUAUAAUAAAGAAAUUAUGUUAAUUUAAAAUUUGAUCAAACACAACGUAUCAAAAUAUAGAAUUUCCAAAAUAAACAAUUGAUUCUCAUCCCAAACGCGGUCACAUUUUGCACACCCCCCAACUCUUUGGAAACAAGCCCCACCCCCCAACCCCCCCCCCCCCCCCCCCCUCAGCUCCAGCACACGUUGUGCGUCGGCGUCGCAUUCCACCGUCGCGAACCGGUUCACCUGCAGCUCCCGCGCAGCCCGCCAGGACCAAACGCACCAUGCCAAGCUGCGGUGUGGCAACACUGCUUAAACCGUAGCUGUGUCUUCCAGGAGAGCUCUCAUGUCCAACAGAGCGUCCUCCACAGCCCGCGAGAACUUGGCCGCGUUCGUCUCCUCGCAGCUGUUGAAGGCCGUGAUGGCGAUGUUGAUGUGCUCAUCCAUGGGGUUGUAACACACUCCGUAGCCAUCUGGCACCAUCGGACCGAAGGACAUCACACAGUCUGUCUUGGAGCCAACCUGGACCCCGAGACGGGAGAGAUGAGGGCAAGCAAGCAAGCAAGCAAAACGCGACGACCAACAGUUCACUCAGUAAUUAUCGACUGUUGGUUUUGUGAGGCACAGGUGUACCUGGCUGGUGGACAGAUUGUAAUGCUGAGCCACAGCAAAAGAGGUAUCCAUGAAUAUCUCGGGCAUGGAGGUCAGCUCGUCAAUGCUCAGCAUCUUCAGUCCGAGGAGGUGUCUGUCUAUCGCUUGGCCAUGAAUCGCCUGAAAGAGAGUUAAAUGUGUGGAGCCGUCAUUCAUCCGAUGUUUGUGUCAAUAAACUGUGAUUUUGUUGAUAAACUGCA